AUGUCCGUGUCAGACGCAAAAGUCAUCUCUACAGGCCCGCUGGCCAACGAUGAUGCCAAAUGGAUCAAGCUCGUCCAGACCACGUACAAGGAUCCCAAUGGCACUUCGCGCCUGUGGGAAUCAGCCGAGCGAGUGACACGCCCCAAAACGACCGAUAUUGACGGAGUUGGCAUCAUUGCUAUCCUCAAGAACCCAGAGACGGGCCGCCGCGAGCUUGUACUGCAGAGGCAAUACCGCCCGCCCAUUGACAUGGUGACGAUCGAGGUGCCCGCAGGGCUCGUUGACGCUAACGAGACGCCCGAGGAGGCCGCCAUCCGGGAACUCAAGGAGGAGACGGGAUAUGUGGGCGUUGUGACUGAGACGAGCCCCGUCAUGUACAACGACCCGGGCUUCUGCAACACCAAUCUGCGCAUGAUCCACAUGACUAUUGACAUGUCACUGCCUGAGAAUAAGGACCCCAAGCCAGAGCUUGAGGAGAACGAAUUCAUUGACGUCUUCACUUCACCCAUUGACACCCUGUGGGAGGACUGCAAGAAGCUGGAGGCUGAGGGCUGCGCCAUCGAUGCCCGCGUUGGCACAUUAGCCGAGGGAAUUCUCUUUGCUCAGCAGCUCAAGCUUUGA